AUGCCACGAAAUACCUCGACGAUCCUACUGGGGGACUUCAAUCGCCACCACCCAGCCUGGGACGACCCGAGAAACGAGCACCUGCUCACCGACAAAUAUGUAGAAGCCGCCGAACCGCUAGUUCAACUCGUGGAAGAACGCUUGCUCAAGAUGGCGCUGCCAAAAUUCACCCCGACACAUAAACAUUUAGUAUCAAAAAAGCUAUCCCGCCUAGAUAAUGUUUUUGUUUCAGAUUCCCUAUACGACCACCUUAUUGAAUGCGAAGCUUACCCGGACCGCCGACCGGUAUCAACCGAUCAUUUCCCCAUUGUCACGAAGCUUGACCUCACCCUCGAGAAGGCCAAAGAAACACUCAGACGAUCCUUCACCAACACUGACUGGGAGAAGUUCGAUAAAUUACUCACAGAGAAGUUGAAGAUGCUCUCGACGGAAGUUAUAGAGACCAUAGCUGAGUUUGACGCACGCCUCGAUGCACUAACCAAGGCCAUACUAGACACAAUAGAAGCCGUAGUCCCAUAUGCAAGAAUCACCUCAUACUGCAAACGAUGGUGGACCAAGGAGCUCUCCGAGCUCAGGGCCCGAAGAUUCAACCUAGGGUAUCAAGCCAGCCGCCGGGAGGACACACCCAAGGACCCGAUCCAUCAAGAGCUCGAAUUAGCGUCAAAGCUAUACAAACUUGCACUCGAGAACGCCAAAGCUAAGUGCUGGAAUGACUUUAUUAACACGGCAGAAGCCAAAGCCCUAUGGAACGCAUACAAGUGGAUGAGAGGUCAAGAAGAAAAUGCCGGCAACGCGCGAAUUCCGACUCUGCGCGCCACGGCUCCGAACGGCUCAACAACCCUAUUCUCGACCAAUGAGGAAAAGAGCGCGGCACUCUAUCAAACCUUCUUCCCGACACCGCCACCGAUCGACGUCCCAACCCACGCGUACCCAGAUGAAAUCGAGGAAUUCCGACCAAUCACCGAAAAGGAGAUCUUCAAGGUUAUACGGGAGCUGAAACCCAACAAAGCCCCCGGUCCAGACGGCAUCCCGAACUGCGUGUUUGUCAACAACGCCGCAGCCCUUGUCCCGCACCUGCUCCCAAUCUACCGAGCCACGUUCCGUCUCAAAUAUUACCCCGAAACAUGGAAGAAAUCCGCCACAACGGUCCUUCAAAAACCAGGGCGCCCGGACUACACGGUCACCAAGGCGUACAGACCCAUUGCCCUUCUCAAUGUCAUAUCAAAAAUCCUCUCCGCCUGCGUUGCUAACCGUCUGAACACCAUAGUUGAAACCCAAGACCUACUCCCGGCACAUCACUUCGGGGGCCGCGCCGGCCGCACGACCACCGACUCGAUGCACCUCCUCCACAAAUUCGUCAAGGAUGCGUGGAGAAGGAAGAAAGUGGUCGCGGGGCUUUUCCUUGACGUAACCGGGGCCUUUCCCAACGCAAGCCCUGCCAUGCUCACACAUAACAUGCGGAAGCUCGGCAUCCCCUCGGCUAUAGUCAACUGGACCACUAGGAAACUGGAGGGAAGAGGAACGACUAUGAAAUUCGAUGACUUCGAAUCCGAGCCGUUUGAAAUCCGACAUGGGAUUGACCAAGGAUGCCCGCUCUCGUGCAUUUUCUACCUCAUAUACAACAGUGACCUAAUUAAGGUAGCCCGAAGCACCAGAGGUGAACUGGCAGUAGGAUAUAUUGAUGACGUUGCCUUCUUGGCAGAGGGCGUUGAUUUCACACAGGCAAAUGCGAAGCUGAAAAGGAUGAUGGAAAGGAAAGGUGGCGCUCUCGAAUGGGCUCGAACACACACCUUGGACUUCGCUCUGGAAAAAACCGCGCUUGUUCAAUUCAACCGUUACCUCCGGGUGGAUCCCCGCCCAGUCACUAUCGGGGGAGUUGAGGUCAAACCCGAGCCGUCCCACAAAUUUUUAGGGGUUAUUUUCGACGCUAAACUCACCUGGGGAGAGCAACGCUCGGCGGUAUUGAGGAAGGCCACGAAAUGGGCACACAUGGUUAAAAGGGUAUGUCACGUCCGAAAUGGCCUCAAACCCUCGUCUGCGAGGAGACUACAUGACAGUGUUUUUAUCGCGAAAGUGACAUAUGCUGCUGAUAUUUGGUGGGAGCCUACAGGGAAAAAAGGACAAGGCAAAAAGAGAACGGGAGCGGUAGGAUUUACUAAACACCUGCAGUCCGCACAAAGAAUCGUGGCCCUUGCGAUCACCGGAGCCCUCCGCACCGCACCUACCGACACAGUGCUAGCACAUGCGGGUAUUUUUCCCAUCAAGCUCGAGCUACGGAGGGCAAGCCACCAAGCCGCGGUCCGACUCGCGGGCAUUCCCUCGACUCACCCACUACGAGCCAAGAUCAACGCCAAAACAAAAACGCUCAAAAAAUCCAAGACUCACCACUCGACAAUCCGGAAACUGCUAGUCAACACAGGAGUCAACCCGGCCAAUUACGCGACCAACCCUCGAUUCAACACCCUACCCCCGGCCCUCAAGCUGCUCAAUCCCUACGUCGCGCCAGGGGGGACGGAUGAGGCCAUUGCAGACGAGUCGACACUCAAACCUACGGUAAAGAUCUUUUCAGACGGAUCGAUGGUUGGAGGUAAUGUGGGAGCUGCGGCGGUGCUCAUACGCAAAGGAAAGGAGGAGGUGGUUGCGAGGAAAUAUGUUGGAUCGGACAGAGAGCAUGAGGUGUACGAGGCAGAGGUUGUUGGGCUCAUUUUGGGCCUAGAAUUGCUGGCACGCGAGAGAGGAGCCGGAGAGGCGAUUUUCUUCAUUGAUAACCAAGCGGUACUGCUCACACUUAAAGCGGGACACACAGACAAGCUUGGCUACCUGUAUGCUCACAUGGACAAGGGUAUUCGACUGGCGCGGGAGGCCAACCCAGGGGUGAAACUCGAGGCGAGAUGGAUUCCGGGGCACAAAGGGGUGGAUGGGAACGAGAGAGCGGACGUGGAGGCGAAACUCGCCGCAACACCGGGUAACGACACUAACACCCUCCUUCCAGGACCACUGAAGAAAGCGAUCCCGGUGAACCCCACAGCGGCGAAACGAGAACGCAAGGCGAGGAUGGAGGGAGAAUGGGCGGACUGGAUUGAGGACGAGGGGAAUCCGAGGCGAACACAGGCGCUACGACUUAUAGACGACACAUACCCGUCAAUGAACUUCAAGAAAGCGGCGGACUCGCUCACGAGAAUGGAAUAUGCAACGCUCACGCAACUUAGGACCGGCCAUUAUCCAACAUCGACAUAUCUCUUCCGCACUACACUCGCCGACUCACCAAGAUGCCCACAUUGCGAAUCCCAGAACGAAAAUGUUUUCCAUUUGUUGAUUGGCUGCAAAGCCACCGAAGGCUACAGACGAGAACGAGACCAGGCGAUGGGGGCCGCCUUGCGAUCCGUUAACCUACUGUUGAAGCCGGGGGAACAUACGAAACACCUAAUGGAAUAUUUACGCAAAGUUCGGGGCCUGUCCGGGGGAGCAGGUACCGCACGGGGCUGA